AUGAGAAGAGGAAACAUCCCUCCUGCCUUCUGGUUUCUAUGGCUGCUUCUCUUUGGACUUCUGGGACCCAGCUCUGAGAAUACCACAGCCUUCACAAAAGGGUCUGACACCACCACAGUCUCCAUCACAGGCUCUGAGACCACCAUGGCCUCCACCAUGGACUCUGCUAUGGCCUUAACUACAGACUCAGACUCUAAGAUCACCACAGACUCUACCACAGGCUCUGAGAAAACAUCAGCCUCCACCAUGGCUUCUACUGUGGCCUUCACCACAGACUCUGAGAUCGCCACCACCACCACUGCAGGCUCCGAGGCCACUAAAAUCUCUACCACAGGCUCUGAGACCACCACAGCAUUUACUGCAGGUUCUGAGACCACCACCAUCUCCACCUCCAUGUCAGGCUCUGAGAACACCACAACUUCAGCUAUGACUUUGGCCCCCACUGCAGCCUCUAACACCAGCACAGCCUCAACCACAGGCUCUGAGACCACUACAGUCCCGAUCAAAACCUCUGAGACCACCACAGCCUCUACAGCAGCUUCUGAGACCAACACUCCCUCCACCACAGGCUCUCAGACCACCAUAGUCUCUAUUUCAGGUUCUGAGAUCACCAUCACCUCCAUGGCAGGAUCUGAGACUACCAGAGUCUCCACGGUAGGCCCUGAGACCACCAAAGUCUCUAGUGCAGGCUCUGAGACCACCACAGCUUCUACAGCAGGCUCUGAAACCACCACCAUGUCCACUGAAGGCUAUGAGACCACCACAGUCUCUACCACAGGCAGUGAGACUACCACAGUCUCCACCAUGGGCUAUGAGACCACCACAACUUCUACUACAAGCUCUGAAACCACCACAGCUUCUACUUCAGUCUCUGAGACCACCAUCACCUCUACUGCAGGCUCUAAGACUACCACGGUCUCUACUUCAGGCUCUGAAACCACCAUGACUUCUAUCACAGGCUCUGAGAUCACCACAACCUCUACUGCAGGCUCUGAGACCAUCAUGGCAUCUGCCAUGAGCUCUGAGACUACUAUGGCCUCUACCAUAGACUCUGAGACCACCAAGGUCUCCACUGCUAGCUCUGAGAUGAUUACAGUCUUUGCUAUAGGCUCUGAGACCACCAGGGCCUCUACCACAGGCUCUGAAACCAUCACAGUCUCCACUGCAGGCUCUGAGACCACCCCAGCUUCCACCACAGUCUCUAAAACCACUACGAUCCCUAACACAGGCUCUGAGACCUCCACAGCCUCCAUCAUGAGCUCUGAGACCACCAUAUAUUCUACCACAGGCUCUGGGACCACUACAGCCUCCACUGCAGGCUCUGAGACAACCACAGCCUCCACUGCAGUUUCUGAGACCACUGCAACCUCUACUACAGGCUCUGAGAUCACCACAGCAUCUAUUACAAGCUCUGAGACCACUAUGGUAUCCACCACGGGCUCUAAGACCACUAUGGCCUCUACAAUAGGCUCUGAGACCAUCAAGGCCUCCACUGCAAGCUCUGAGACAACCACAGUCUUCACUGAAGUCUCUGAGACCACCACGACCUCUAUCACAGACUCUGAAACCACCAGAGUCUCCACUGCAGGCUCUGAAACUAUCACCACCUCUACUAGAGGAUCUGAGACCACUACAGUCUUAACCACAGAUUCUGAAACCAUCAUAGCCUCUACUGCAGGCUUAGAGUCCACCACAGUCACUACCACAAGCUCUGAGACCACCACAACCUCUACUGAAGCCUCUGAGAUGACCAUAGCCUUUACUGCAGGCUCUGAGACCACCACAGCCUCUACCACAGGCUCCGAGAUCACCACAGCCUCUACUGCAGGCUCAGAGACCACCACAGUCUCUACUGCAGGCUCAGAGAUCACCACAGCCUCUACUUCAGGCUCUGAGACCACCACAGCCUCUAAUGCAGGCUUGGAGACCACCACCACCUCUACUGAAGGCUCUGAGAUGACUAUAGUCUCCACCAUAGGCUCUGAGACCACCACAGCCUCUAUUAUAAGCUCAGAGACCACCACCACCUCUACUGAAGGCUCUGAGAUGACUACAGUCUCCACCACAGACUCUGAGACAACUACAGCCUCUACUUCAGGCUCAGAGACCACUACAGUCACUACCACGGACUCUGAGACCACCACAGCCUCUACUGAAGGCUCUGAGACCACUAUAGUUGCUACCACAGGCUCUGAGGCCAGGACAGCCUAUACUGCAGGCUCUGAGGUCACUACAGUUUCUACCAUGGGCUAUGAAACCACCACAGCCUCUACUGUAGGCUCUGAGACCACCACACUCUCUACCGAAGGCUCUGAGACUACCACACUCUCUACUCAAGGCUCUGAGAUGACUACAAACUCCACCACAAGCUCUGAGACCAUGACAGCUUUUACUGAAGGCUUUGAGAGCACUACGGUUUCUAUGGCAGGCUCUGAGGUCACCACAGCCUCUACUGCAGGCUCAGAGACCACUACAAUUGCUACGAUUGCCUCUGAGACCACCACACCCUCUAUUGCAGGCUCAGAGACCACCACCACCUCUACUGAAGGCUCUGAGAUGGCUACAGUCUCCAUCACAGAUUCUGAGUCCACCACAGCUUCUAUUGCAGGCUCUGAGACAACCACAGUUAUUAUCAUAGGCUCUGAGACCACCACCGUGUCUACUACAGGCUCAGAGACAACUACCAUGAGCUCUGAGAACACUACAGCCUCUACUGAAGGCUUUGAGACCACCACAGUCUCUACCGCAGGCUCUGGGACCACUACAGUUGCUACCACAGGCUCUGAGACCACCACACCCUCUACUGAAGGCUCUGAGACCACCACACCCUCUACUGAAGGAUCUAAUACCACCACAGCCUCUACUCUAGGCUCUGAGAUGACUACAGUCUCCACCAUAGGCUCUGAAACCACCAUUGUCUCUACUGCAGGCUCUGAGACCACCACAGCCUCUACUGCAGGCUUGGAGACCACCACAGACAUUACUGCAGGCUCUGAGACCACCACAGCCUCUACUGAAGGCUCUGAGACCACCACCACCUCUACUGAAGGCUCUGAAAUGACUACAGUCUCCACCACAGACUCAGAGACCACCACAGUCUCUUCUGCAGACUCGGGGACUACUACAGUCACUACCACGAGCUCUAAAACCACCACAGCCUCUACUGAAGGGUCUGAGGCCACCACAGCCUCUACUGCAGGUUCAGGGAUCACCACCACCUCUACAGAAGGCUCUAAGAUGACUACAGUCUCUACCAGAGGCUCUGAGACCACCACAACCUCUACUGCAGGCUCUGAGACCACGACAGCCUCUACUGAAGGGUCUGAGACCACCACAGCCUCUACCACAGGCUCUGAGAUCACCAAAGUCUCUACUUCAGGCUCAGAGAUCAUUACAGUCACUACCACAAGCUCUGAGACCACCACAGUCUUUAACACAGACUCUGAGACCACCACAGCCUCUACCGCAGGCUCUGAGACCACCACAGCCUCUACUGAAGGCUCUGAGACCACCACAGCCUCUACUGAAGGCUCUGAGACCAGCACAGUCUUUACUGCAGACUCUGAGACCACCACAGCCUCUACCACAGGAUCUGAGACCAUCACAGCCUCUACCACAGGCUCUGAGACUACCACAGCCUCUACCGCCAGCUCUGAGACCACCACAGCCUCUACUGAAGGCUCUGAGACCAGCACAGUCUUUACUGCAGACUCUGAGACCACCACAGCCUCUACCACAGGAUCUGAGACCAUCACAGCCUCUACCACAGGCUCUGAGACCACCACAGCCUCUACUGCAGGCUUGGAGAGCACCACAGACUUUACCACAGGCUCUGAGACCACAGCCUCUACUACAGACUCUGAGACCACCACAGCCUCUACUGAAGGCUCUGAGACCACUAUAGUUUCUACAGCAGUCUCUGAGAUCACCAUAACUUCUACUGAAGGCUCAGACACCACUACAGUCACUACCACGGGCUCUAAGACCACCACAGCCUCUACUGAAGGUUCUGAGACCACCACAGUCUCUACCACAAGCUCUGAGACCACCACUGUGAGCUCUGAGACCACUACAGUUUUUACCGCAGGCUCUGAGAUCACCAUAGCCUCUACUGCAGGCUCAGAGACCACUACUGUCAUUACCAUGGGAUCUGAGACCACCAGAGCCUCUACUGAAGUCUCUGAGACCGCUACAGUCACUACCACAGGCUCUGAGAUCACCAUAGCCUCUACUGCAGGCUCAGAGACCACUACUGUCAUUACCAUGGGCUCUGAGACCACUACAGUAACUACCACAGGCUCUGAGACCACCACAGCCUCUAUCACAGGCUCAGAGAUCAGCACCACCUCUACUGAAGGCUCUGGGACCACUACAGUCUCUACCACAGGCACUGAGACCACCACAGCCUCUAGCACAGGCUCUGAGACCACCACAGCCUCCGCUUCAGGCUCUGAGACCACCACGGCCUCUACUGCAGGCUCUGAGACCUCCACACCCCCCAGUGCAGGCUCUGAGACCAACACUGGCUUCAUCAUAGGCUCUGAGACCACCAUGCUUUCUACUACAAGCUUUAAGCCCACUGCAAAUUUCUUCACAGGCUCUGAGACCACCACAGUCCCUAACACAUCUUCUGCAGCUACUGCAGCCUCCACCACCGUCUCGGCCACCACUUUUGUACCCACCAAGGCCACUGACGUUUCUACUCAGCACAUCACCAACAUAGCUGUGUCAGGCACCAGGACCACUGGAACCAGACCCACUGCCUCCAGCUCUGUCACCAUGGCCCCUGGAAUGGAGUCCACGGCCUCUGCUACCAGCCAUGCUGUGCCGGGAAUAGUCCCAAAUACCUCUGGCCUGGGUACACCUACUAUGGGAGCGUUAUCUACCACCUCAGCCCCCGGCAUCAGGACCUCCCCAGGAUCCACUCGUGAGCCAACCAGCACCACCUCCCAGGAAACAGGCCCCAUGUCCACGAUCACAAACACAGUUAGCAUGAGCCACAUGCCCACGAAUGUGAUCAAACCAAGUGGAUAUUUACAGCCCUGGGCUAUCAUCCUCAUUUCCCUGGCUGCAGUCGUGGCUGGUGUUGCAUUGUCAGUAGGACUGAGUUUUUGCCUGAGAGACCUUUGCUUCCCCCUGAGAAAUAGUGGUAUUUAUUACCCCCAUGGCCACAGCCUUGGCCAUGGUCUGGACCCGGACUUGGGCCUGGGCUCUGGGACUUUCCACAGCCUGGGAGAUGCACUGGCUCAUGGAGGAGACCUUGAGAUGGGGCAUGGAGGAGCGCACGGCUUUGGGCAUGGAGUGUGCCAUGAACUGAGCCACAUCCAUGGAGACGACCAUGAAGUAAAUCAUGGCGGGCAUUAUGGACAUGGAGGAGGCCACGGAGGACCAGGAGAUUCCCAGCUGAGGAGCCCCGUGGGUCGCCGGUGGGGCGGUUUUGCCAGCGCCCUGGCAUGGCAGUUCCCUGUGCGGAGUGAACGGGACUGGUUCCCCUUUUGGUCGAUGUUUGGAGCUCCGGGAAUGCAGAAACGCCCAUUCAGCUGA